CAUAUAUCUCCUCCAAAGAAACUAGAGAGUAGAGCCUCAUUUGAAAGUUGUGACUUUUUGAGCCGUGGAUUUGGAGAAUCAUAAACCUUUUUAUGCUUUUAUUAGACAGGUCACAAGAUCGGCCCACUGCAGGUCCAUCAAUGUUUAGAAUUAUGACUUCUUAAAACGAGGCCCAUGUUGGCAUGUUCUAAAAGGAUUGACGACGUUACAUUUAACGGCGAGGAGCGUCCGACUUACACUUACAGCCUACAGUAAUUGCCCCCGUAGCCGUAAGCUUACUGACUAAGCGAAGACACCCUCCAAUCUCCACGUUUUCACACGUGUCAAUAUUUAACCGUGCCACGCAGUAAACUUAGCGGGGGAAGCCUGAAAAAAAAGGACAAAUAGACGCGAAGCGGCAGCGCUUCGGCUCCGUUCUCACCGUCGAUCCCAAAACGCGCUAAAACUUCGUACAGAAAUCUAUAACACUACCGGUUUUCAUGGAUCUCCUCACUUCCCCACUCUUCACUCUCACGCUUCUCUUACUCUUCUCUGCCUCUCCUGCGAUCGCCAGUCUCUGCCAAAUCGCCGAUCAAUACCACCACCGCCCCGAUAAAAUGGCCGCCGCCACCCCUACCCUCGGAGGCGUUCGCGAUUCCCCCGCCGGCUCCGCCAACAGCGCUGAAAUCGAGGGUCUUGCUCGGUUCGCCGUCGACGAGCACAACAAGAAGCAGAAUGCGGUGGUGGAGUUUCUGAGGGUUGUGGAAGCCAAAGAGCAAGUCGUCGCCGGGACGCUUCAUCAUCUGGUGAUAGAGGCGGUUGAUGCUGGAAAGAAGAAGCUCUACGAAGCCAAAGUGUGGGUGAAGCCAUGGAUGAACUUCCAGGAACUGCAGGAGUUCAAGCACGCUGGUGAUUCCCCGCAGCUCACCCCUUCUGAUCUUGGCGCCAAGAAAGGAUGCCAUGGAUCUGGGUUGAGGGAUGUGGCACCUCAUGACCCUGCUGUUCAAGAUGCAGCUGAUCAUGCUCUGAAGACAAUUCAACAGCGCUCCAACUCAUUGUUUCCUUACGAACUUCAAGAAGUUGUUGAUGCCAAAGCUGAGGUGGUGGACGAUGCUGCGAAAUUUCAUAUGGUGCUCAAGGUGAAGAGAGGGACUACCGAAGAGAAGUUGAAGGUCGAAGUGCACAAGACUACUGAAGGCACUUUCCAUCUCAAUCAUAUGGAGCCAACUCACUGAUUUGUGUACUGUACAUAUAUGUGCUUAUUUCUUUAGAGUGUGAGCUUGUAGAAACCUUCGAACAGCUUUAUGGUUUGCUUUUGCUUAUGUUUUAAGAGUGUGAUCCUGUAGCAACCAGGAACUUUAUGGUUUGCUUGUGAACCUGUAAUGGAUGAUAUGCUAUAUAGUAUAUAGACUUCCUGUCGUAUUGUGUAGAUCAUUCUCUUCCUUUCAGCAUUCGAAGAUCAUUUCAGAUCAAACUAGGAUAGAUUGAAGCUAUUUCGUUUAGAUUCUUGUGCUCACGGAUUCCAAACCAAGCCAAACUGAAAUCUAGCUCCAACAGCUUCUGCUCUACAUGAACCACCAGUCUUUCACUCGUGAAAUCCCGACUUGUGCAAUACUCUCAUUAGAAGAGAUUCACUACUACCAACCAAGGAGAUGAGAUUCACUAAACAACAAUAACAACAGAGACGAGCA